CGAGACAGACAGAAGAAGCGAGACAGACAGAAGCGAGACAGACAGAGAGAGCGAGACAGACAGAGAGAGCGAGACAGACAGAGAGAGCGAGACAGACAGACAGACGACAGACAGACAAGACAGAGAGAGACAGAAGAAGAGAGAGAGAGACAGAGAGAGAGAGACAGACACAGAGAGAGAGAGACACAGAGAGAGAGAGAC